AUGCAGCAGCCACGACCACCAUUGGACCUCAAACUCGCAGGCACAGCGUCCUUUCUUCCAGCCCUUCUGGCUCACAUACGUGCUACACAUAAUUUAAAUAUCGCAAGCAGCCCCAACCCAGGUCUACAGCCACUACCACUCGACAAUGUCAUUUUCCAGUCGAUCCUGCUCUGCUUGAUUGGACAACAGAAGCACCUCGUUCUGCGAACGCCGGAGGAGGAUGUCGGCCUUGCAGUGAAGCUAGUGUUAUGGACGUUGUCGAACGUGUUCGACUUAGAGGUCCAUAAAGUCAAGGUCAAGCCCUCGUCUCGAGCACCCGCGUCUGGGAGGAACGGAAGACUUUCUUCAACAGCGAAGGCGGAGGCCCAGUUUCGGAACGAGGCAGGUGCAGCAGAAAGGUUUCUCAAGUCCCUGUUCGUCCCGUCCGUAUCCCCACGCCCCGAAGAGAAUGAGUAUACGCAACUAAAUCCAAGCGGUGGGCCAGAAGAAGAUAACCCCAGCACCUCUUUACCCACACCAAAGCCGCAGAGGCAUCACGAAUACACUCGGUCGCGAUCUUUCCCCCAGAAUCUCAAUCUUUCGGGGGCGGGCUCCACGUCCAUCACACCCUCAACUUCCACCUCAGCCUCUACGGGAUCCACGAUAAUCAGACCACGGCCCACUUACGCGUACAGACCCUCCUUACCACAUGCAUAUACCUACCCUGUGAACGCAACACCUAGCUCAGGGAGCUUCGACGCGGCCACUCCAACGACAGCGUCCACAGCCACCCCAAUAGGUCCGAUCCCGCCCGCGAUAGGACGACGGACGCCGACUCCACGUCUACCACAUGCAUACACGGAUCCUCUACCGCUUCCACACCCAUACACGCCGAAAUCGCGCCACGCGAAGACGAAGAGCAAAGGCAGCAGCCACAGUCGGCACAGGCACUCCAAAUCAAGAUCGCAGUCAAGUGUGUGGUACGACGCCGAGGAGGAGGGGGAAGGUGCAGGAGAAGGCGGAGUCGAUUGGAGAGCGGAAGAUAUGCACCUCCCCCAGGCGCUGGUAUUGAGUGGGCUGGAACACGCGAAUGAAGGGGCUCAGAGAGCCUUUGGGAGGGUAUUGAGCGAUAGGAAGGUCGUUUUACCAGUGCGGGGCGAGCAGGAGGAGAGAACGUGGGAGGUACCCAACGACUUCAUCGUCGUGUAUGUUUGCCCGUGGAACGCGAGACAGCGGCCAGCGGUGCACACGAGUUUGCUCGACAAAUUCGCAAUGUCUACCAAUGUUUUCAUUCCUCAAAACAUACGGCACGACUUCAGGCUCCUCCAAUUCUCCUCCUCGUCCUCGUUCCCACCAGGAUCCACCCCAGGCUAUCCUUUCCCGAAGGGCCUCGGUCAACCCCAUCACCACUCACAUCUGCAUACCCAUACUCACCACAAUGGUGGGCACUCGCACUCGAACCCCGGCAGUCCUUCUCCAGCACAUCCUGUGGCGCUACCGCCAACGCAUACGCCGCCUGUACGGACGACCGCCCUGCCCUCACACGGACACGGAUAUCCAUACGGUCAUUCGUCGACGUCCAGCGGCUCGUUCUCGCCCUCUGCCUCCCCGCCACUGCUCGGACACGCAAGCUGGCGGCCGGUGUCUGCGUCGGGGUAUGGUUCGUCCUCUGCAUAUGGGAACGGGUAUCCCAAUCUCAACGGCAGCGGAGGCUACGAGAGACAGUCGUAUGCAUACACCCAAUCUUAUACCCAUCCAUACCCCUCGCCAACCGAUCGCGACUCGCACACGAGUCCGUUCUUCUCUGCGCUACCAUCUCCAUCGGCGUUGGCGCCCGUGUCUCCUUCCUCUCCAGCCCAAACUGCGGUUCCGCCUGCCCCUCUCCUUCCACCUGGCCUACUGGCGAGUCUUCGUAUCCUUGCUACGGAUCACACGUACAUCUCGCCCUCGCUCAGCCUGUACCUCGCCGACCUAUUCUCCGCGACACGCCAUCAUCCUCGAUUGGACGGGAUGCUGCUCGGUGCGCGAGCCAUGAGAGACGCAGAGGUGCUCGUCCGAGCUGGGAAGGUCGUGGGUAUUGGGGGCGGCGAGGCUGCUACCGCCGUACAACUCGGCGUAGGAAAUCCUCCGGAUAUCAGCAAGAUGCGAACGAAGACAAAAGAGGCAGACUACAGCGACGAGGAGGACAAGGAGGAUUGUGAUGAGGAAGACGAGACUGGCGAGGGCGAUGGAGGGGCAUACGGCUACACGAGCACAGGCGAGUCGUCCAAGUCUGACGUGCACCAACUCAUCCACAAUGCGACGUACAACCCCGUCCCUUUGCGAUCUCCUCUCUCGCCUCGUUCGCCCUAUGUGCACCCAUCUACCGGACCAGGGCCCAACCGCUCCACUCUCGAGCCCGGCCCGGACGCCGCGCCAGCUUCGACUGUCCCCAACUUAAAUUCAUUCCCUAUUCUCGACGUCUCAGAAGUCGACAUCGCGCGCAUCGUGCCUCGCGUCGUGUCUCAUCGCGUGCGGGUGCGCGCUGGGCCGCGCGAUGAGGUGUUAAGUGGGGUUCUGUUCGGGGCUACGUUUGAUGGUGAGGGUAUAGAUGGGUGGGAGGUUGGGGGCGGAGAGAAAGGGAUGGAGGCGGGAGAUGCGGAUGCGGAUGCGGAUGCGGGAGAAGGGCAGGGACAGGGAGGGCAGGAGGAUAGAGAGACGGUCAAGAGUGUACUGGUACAAAUUCUUUCGGAGGUGUAG